AUGAGCAAUGGAUUUACUCAAUCUGACUUUCAAACUUUACUCAAUCCAGCAUCUUGUAUUCAUACAUUGUCGACUCAUGGAGAAUUAGCUUUACGAUUGAUAAAACGGAAUAUAAAAAGUACAUUGAUUGGUCAACUUGAAGUAACAGCUGGAGUGCAUGAUCUUUUGUUUAAUAAUGAACAAUGUGCUGGAUUAACUCUUUCACCAUUAAGGCAGCAGUGUGAAGAUCUUACAAUUUGUCUCGAAAAUCGAUCACGUAUUAUUUCUCUUGUCAACACAACGUCCAAUCUUCAAACUCUGACAUUCAUAUGUGAUCGUAGCGAGUGGAAUCAUUACCGAUUUUUAUCGUCAGAUUACAAUGAAUUCAUUGAAUGGUUGCGAUCUCGUUUAGCAUCCACAUGUUUUGUUGGCUGA